GCAUAAGAUAUCGCUCGCUAAAACCAUUCUCCUCCACCGUUCUUCGCCUAGCGCAUAGUGAUUGCAUAAUGUAGCAUUGCAAAGGACAUGGAAAAGUGAACAAGAUACGAAGUAUUAUCCGGGGUUUAUCUAGUGUUUGUGGUGCACCCAACUAGCAACGAACAGAGGCGCAUAUAAAAUCCGUUUGAUAAACGUUCGGAAGUUUUGACCGUACAGCUAAGUAUGGGAUUGUCUAAAUGGGUGAACACAAUCUUCCGGUCGGGCAAAAUGGCUGCAGCCGCUACGGAAGCAAUCAAAACGAAUAUCGCGGCCAAUUCCAGCGGACUUGAGAACAAAGUGAAAACUCUUUCAAGCCAGCAGCAGAAUGGAUUUGCCUCGGAAGCUACGUUUGAGACACGGGCUUUCAAGCUGCAUAACCUUGAAGAAGGUCCAUCGACUAAAGUGACUGUCACGAAGGAGGAUGCCCUGAAAUACUACGGCCAGAUGUACAUGAUCCGGCGCAUGGAAACGGCCGCCGGAAAUCUGUACAAGGAAAAGGUGAUCAGAGGGUUCUGCCAUCUGUACUCUGGCCAAGAGGCUUGCGCUGUCGGAAUGCGUGCCGCUAUGCGCCCCGAGGAUUCCUGUAUCACCGCUUACCGUUGUCACGGAUGGACGUAUCUGAUGGGCGUCGCUCCGCAGGCCGUUCUCUCGGAGCUAACGGGCCGUAGCAGUGGCUGUGCUCGUGGCAAGGGUGGCAGUAUGCAUAUGUACGGUAGGAACUUCUACGGCGGAAAUGGUAUCGUCGGUGCCCAGGUUCCGCUUGGCGUAGGAAUCGGAUUCGCGGCCAAGUAUAACGGAACCAAGGGGGCAUGUAUCGCGCUGUACGGUGACGGUGCUGCCAACCAAGGCCAGCUGUUUGAAGUGUACAAUAUGGCCAAACUGUGGAACACGCCUUGCAUUUUCGUCUGCGAGAAUAACGGUUACGGAAUGGGCACCAGCGUUGAGCGCGCCUCGGCCAACACCAACUACUACACACGGGGAGACUUUGUGCCCGGUAUUUGGGUCGAUGGUAUGGACGUAUUGGCUGUCCGCGAAGCGACCCGGUUCGCCCUGGAACAUACCUCCUCCGGCAAGGGACCGAUCCUGAUGGAAACGGCCACCUACCGGUACUCUGGCCAUUCAAUGUCCGAUCCGGGCACCAGCUAUCGAUCGCGUGACGAAAUUGCCGAAGUAAGACAAACGAGAGAUCCGAUAACAUCGCUACGCGAAAAGAUUUUAACCACCGAGCUGGCCACGGUAGAGGAGCUGAAGGAGAUUGAGGGCAAGAUACGGGCGGAGGUAGACACGGCAACAAAAGUGGCGAAGGCGGACAAGGAAAUUUCCGUCGAGGAGCUUACCGCAGAUAUUUACGCAAACCCACAAAACCUGACGGCCGUGCGCAACACGUUGCCGCACGCGGAACUUGCACACAAGCGACUUGGACAGGCGGUCAAUAUGUAAAGAAGCAAAAAUGAAACGGCCUAUAGAUGUUUUGGCAGUCCAGCACCAUCACGAUAAAAACGAGAAUAUUAUUUGUUUGCAAUCUCACGAAGCAUUUGAAUGGGGAUAACAACUGUUUCCAGUGUUCGUAUGUUUGUUUUGUAUCAGUGAUAUAUUUUCCUGCACAUCCUCCCUCAGGGUAGUAAGUCAUGCUGAAUUGUGGCUCAAGAGAGCAGGCUUGGGCGAAACGGGACAUGUAUUUCAUUCUUUCAUCGUAAACGGGUUGCAAAGCAUUUAAGACGAACCACAAAUACACUUGACACUCAUAGAGUAAACGAGA